AUGGGAGCAACCCCCUUCCACCAUUCCAUCCUCGAGGUCCUGCUACCAAAGCACUUUGAUAAGCCGACGGAUAUGAGGUACGAUGGAACGCAUGACCCACAGGAGCAUCUAACGGCCUUCGAGGCCAGAAUGAAUUUGGAGGGGGUAGGCGAGGAAGUCAGGUGUCGCGCUUUCCCAGUCACCUUGGCGGGACCUGCAAUACUGUGGUUUAAUAGCCUCCCGCAAGGUUCUAUCGCCAGGUUUUUGGACAUUAGCUGUGCUUUCUUAGCCCAAUUUAAUACCCAAAUUGCGAAGGCGAAACACCCGAUCAACUUACUCGGGGUGACACAAAGGCCCGGCAAGCCGACUAGAAAAUAUUUGGACCGUUUCAACGAUGAGUGUUUGGAGAUUGACGGCCUAACCGACUCGAUGGCUAGUUUGUGUUUGAUGAACAGACUCCCGAAUGAGGAUUUCAGGAAGCAUCUCACCUUGAAGCCGGUGUGGAUGAUGCAGGAGAUCCAAAGCGUAGCCAGGGAAUAUAUCAACGAUGAAGAAGUCAGUCAAGUCGUGGCUGCCAACAAGUGGCAACCCUCCUACAAUCAACCUUGGCAUCACCGUGGCAGAGAAAGACAGAAGGAGCAUGCCAGAGACGACGGUCCGAGCAAGACAUCCAGGCCGUUUACUCGAGUCAAAAAGUUCACCAAUUACACCCCUCUCACCGUCCCCAUCAUAGAAAGCCCAGGCUACAUUAAGGAUGUUCAGAGGUUGUCAGGAAGGCUCACCGCACUGUCCCAUUUCCUCGGUGCGUUGGCUGCGAAAGCACUGCCAUUUUUCAACUUGAUGAGGAAGGGGAUAGCAUUCGAGUGGACCCCGGCAUGUGAAGAAGCGUUCAAGCAUUUCAAAGAGAUUCUUGCAGCACCACCAGUUCUCGGGAAGCCUUAG